AUGAAAGUAAUCCACAACAAUGACAAAGACUGUAUUGAUGAGGUGCUACCUGCUUUGUUUACNGGGGAGUUCGAGGAGGAGGAGGAGAAAAAGGGUCAGGAGGCUCCUGGUAAUUCAGAUUCUUUGGGUGGACAUAUAUCCAUUGCUUCUGGCGGAUCAGGACGUGGGUCUGGUUCUAAGCAGCUGGGGGCACAAUCGGAAGAACAAAUGCAAGGGAAACUUCCAGUAGUUGAAGAUGGGGGAGUAGAUGAGGCACGAAGGACAGAGAUGGCGGACCAAAAUAUAAGAACAGAACUCAGGGACCCAGCUGAAAACUCAAAUGGUAAAGGAAAAGGAGAUACCACUACUGCAACCGCAUCUGUUUCUGCACAACAGUCAUUAACAGAUCCUCUUGGAGCAGAUGGACCCAAUGAACAGAAGCCAAGCCUGUCUGAUCCUUCAUCAAAUAAAGGCGAGCAUGGAACUCAAGAAGACACGCAAACGCCAGGAGAAAAAGAGGAGGGCAAAGACACACAAGAUGCACAAAGCCGAGAGAACACAGUCACAACAGGACCGGGUACUAAUGAUGGAGACAGCAGUAAUAAUGCACAGUCUGAAGGAGGUAAUGACAGGCAAUCUGGUACUGAGAAUGGCACUACAACUGAAGGAAGUGAAUCAACAAACAACCAAGAAGGUGCUGCAGAUAAUACAGAAACCACCACCACCACCACAACAACAACAAUAACAACACUUCCUCCUCAACUCACAAACAACAAGAAGGGUGAUGCAGACAGCAGCAGCAGUAUCAGCAGUUCUGUGUGGGUGCGUGUACCACUA